UUGAGCUGACCCAUUUAGAGGAGGCCGAGCCAGCCAGCCAAUGAGGGCGGCCUCAAUAGGAGCGCUAGAUAAAGCAGGGUCAUUACGUGCUUUUAAUUGUCUGACAGCGACGGCGUCCCAAUGGAAGCGUCCACAUGUAAUUGCUGUUCUUGAUCUAUUUCGCACUCAUGAAUGGGAGCAGCACGAAAUCUCCAGCGCGGGCACCCGCGCAAAGCCACGCUUGACACGCCGUGGGUGGGUGGGGCCCAGACGUUAUUUCGGAGUCAAACUCACAAAGAGGACGACAGUUCCUCAGCUGUGGGUAAAAGUGCGAAAAAAAAAAUCUGCCGAUGCGUGAAGAACACACCAAUGAAAUUGAAGAAGAGAAACGAUUCUGCCGAAUGGUCGUGCCCUUAUAUGGCGUGAGAGACAAGGGCGUGCAAGCUCCGCCCACAGCACCGGAUGCAGUGAAAAGGACGCCGCCAUCGUCCUCGUUCGUCCCGUCACAGAGAACCGCCGCGAGCUUCACUUCCUGUCAGUUGGUCGACAUGACGCACCAGUUCGCCGGCCUGUCCGAGGCCCAGAAGAAGGAACUCCACGAGACCGCCGCGCGCAUCGUCUCUCCGGGGAAGGGCAUCCUGGCCGCCGACGAGUCAGUGGGCAGCAUGGCCAAGCGUCUGGCCCAGGUGGGCGUGGAGAACACGGAGGAGAACCGCCGUCAGUUCCGUCAGAUCCUCUUCGGCGCCGACGAGCGCGUCAACGGCUGCAUCGGCGGCGUCAUCUUCUUCCACGAGACGCUCUACCAGCACUCGGACGGCGGGGUCAGCUUCGUCAAGAUGAUCCGGGACAGAGGCAUCCUGGUCGGCGUCAAGGUUGACAAGGGUGUCGUUCCUCUGGCGGGAACCUGCGGCGAAACCGCCACCCAGGGACUGGACGGCUUGUCAGAGCGCUGCGCCCAGUACAAAAAAGACGGCGCCUCCUUCGCCAAGUGGCGCUGCGUGAUGAAGAUCGGCGACGCCAACCCGUCCAAGCUGGCCAUCGCGGAGAACGCCAACGUCCUGGCACGCUACUCCAGCAUCUGCCAGCAGCACGGCCUGGUGCCCGUCAUCGAGCCCGAGCUCCUGCCGGACGGCGAUCACGACCUGAAGCGCUGCCAGUACGUCACGGAGAAGGUGCUGUCGGCCGUCUACCGGGCCAUGUCGGACCACCACGUGUACCUGGAGGGCACGCUGCUCAAACCCAACAUGGUCACGCCGGGCCACGGCUGCAGCAAAAAGUACAGCCCGGAGGACGUAGCCAUGGCGACCCUCACCGCCCUGCGCCGCACGGUCCCCCCGGCGGUGGCGGGCGUGGCCUUCCUCUCGGGCGGCCAGAGCGAGGAGGAGGCGUCCGCGCACCUGAACGCCAUCGUCAACUGCCCCCUGGCCAAACCCUGGACCCUCACCUUCUCCUUCGGCCGCGCCCUGCAGGCCUCGGCGCUGCGGGCCUGGCGCGGACACAAGGAGAACGAGAAGGCCGCCACCGAGCAGUUCGUCAAGAGGGCCGAGGUCAACAGUCUGGCGUGUCGAGGAAAGUACAAGGGCGCCGACAACUACGCCGAUUCUGCGCACGGCGUCUACGGAUCCCGCUACUCGUACUGAAGACGACGGCCCUGACGCCGAGACGCCUCCUUCGCCGUACAAACGCGACAAAAGUCUUUCGAUUUCUAUUAAAUGUACAAGUACCGAGUUGAAUAUACGAACCCUUGUUUCAAACCUUAACUCUAACGUGAGACCCUAAAUUUGUCUUCAAACAUUUGAAACUACAAUCCAGAUCGUAAACGCUACUUUGAAACCUAACCCUGAUUUGAAACCUUCAUUUGAAACGCCAACGCUUGUUUAACUCCUUAAAGCAGCUUGAAACCCUAACUUGAGACCCUAAACCUCUUUUUCUUUGAACCCUGCUUUUGAAACCAUAACCCCAGCUUGAACUCUUAAUGUAAAAGCGCAACUCUUGCUUGAAAGCUUACCCUGCAACCCAAACCCUCAACUUGUCUUUCACGCUAAUCCUGGUUUAAAACCCUAUCCCUGAUUUGAAACAUUAACUUGAACCCUACUUUGAAACCUAAACAGGCUUGAAACCCUAACUUGAGACCUUAAAAGUGUCUUCAAACUUGAAUUUGAAACUAUAACCACGGCUUUAAAUAUGAAUUGAAAACCAUAAUACUUGCUUGCAACCCUAUCCCUGAUUUGAAACGUCAAAUUGAAACCAUAAUUGAGAUAUUCGGUGCUAUUAUAAAACCAUAACCCUUGUUUAAAACCCUAACUUUGACUUGAAAUCCUAAUUUAAAGCCAUAACCCCAAACCCUGGCUGGAGACCCUAACCCUAAUUUAAAAGCCUAACCGUAGUUUAAAACCCAUCAAAUGUGGUGUUCUUUGCAGCCUGUGAUGACAAAAAAAUUUUAUAAAAAUCCUAAUAAAAGUGUUGGCAUAUUUACAUACAAA